GCUGAGAUGGUUAUGGCUUCGUCCCUCGUGAGGGCUACGGUGCGGGUCGUGAGUAAGAGGAAGAUCCAGGCUGCUCGCGCUGCCCUCACCCUGACCCCAUCAGCUGUUCAGAAGAUAAAACAGCUUCUUAAAGAUAAACCUGAGCAUGUAGGUGUGAAAGUAGGUGUUCGUACAAGAGGAUGCAAUGGACUUUCUUACACACUAGAAUAUACAAAGUCAAAAGGAGACUCCGAUGAAGUAGUAGUUCAAGAUGGGAUUAGAAUCUUUAUUGAGAAGAAAGCACAGCUGACACUUCUAGGAACUGAAAUGGACUAUGUGGAAGACAAACUGUCCAGUGAAUUUGUCUUCAAUAAUCCAAACAUCAAAGGAACAUGUGGCUGUGGAGAAAGCUUUAACAUUUGAAACUUCAGGACUAUUUCUUUGACUUGGAAAGCCACAAAACACUUGCUGAAUAUGUGGCUUUCAAAAGCAAAUGCAUUUUCUUCAGGUUCUUAGGCUGUGCAAAGUGUGGAUGCCAUUAAGGAAAAUAAAGUUAAUUCAUUUUGAAAAUUUAAAUUGUGUGUUAAAUCCCUGCACUGAUGUUUUUACACUGCAAUUUGUGAUUAAUUGGGACCCAGAAGGUAAGAACAUUAAGUGCUGUAGCAUUUCUGUGUUUUCAUGUACCAUGGAAAUAAAAUCUCACUGUUCUUUUCCUUUGCCAUUUUCUUCGUCCACUCCACUCACACUUCCCUAUCU